AUGACAAAUUCAUCUUGGCCAAAUACACCAUGUCAAAUGCAAAGGCCAUCAUUAAUUGAGGAUGAUGAUGACCAUACUAAUAAUAAGAAUAGAAAACAAUUGCUAUCAAGAAGUCUUACAUUUGAUAAGGAACCAUUAAAACAAAAACAAAUAAAAAGACUAAGUCGAUCAUCACCAGCUAUAAUUGAACAACAACUACAAUGUUUAGAUCGAAGUUUACUUAGUAAUGAUAAUUGGCUGCAAGAGACAAUGGCUGAUGUUCGUGUUAAUGUUAAAGCGAUUGAACAAAGUAAUCAAAAUAUUCUAUUUGGCAAAGGUAUUGAUCCUUUACCAUAUGUACGUGACAUGCUUAAUGAAUCGAGUAAUACAGAAGCUUUUCUUUAUGGUCGACAAUGUCGUGUUGUUGUUGGUAAAUUACGUUUAUGUUGGAGUGAUGUUAAUGAAGAAAUAAAAUCAUUAUUAAAACAUAAAGAAUAUAUAGAAGCAGCUAUUGAACAUAUUCGAAAAGAUUUAAUAAUUAAUAAACGGAGUGUUAAAAUACAAAAAAAAACCAAAACGAGAAGCGCUAGUUUUAUUUUAUAUUUUUAA